UUUUGAUCGUAAACAAGACUGUUUCAGUGACAUCUAACUUCCUUUGAGAUUUUUUUAAUCAACAAUGGCUUCGAAUUCAUCACUGUGUGCUUUAUGUGAUCUCCGACAUUUUACGAUAUCCUCUACACACUGGUGUCCUGAAUGUGAGGAAGCACUUUGCAUCAACUGUAAAGAACACCACAGUCUUUCGAAAUCAUCAAGAAACCACCAUGUCAUCCCUAUUUCGGAGUAUAUUAGUUUACCUUCCUGUAUCGCCAAUAUUGAUUUGUUCUGUACUUACCACAAUGAAAAAUACCUACAAUACUGUGUAAAACAUGCAUGUCCAAUUUGUUACAAGUGCAUAAAGGAACAUGGAAAAUGUUCUGAAUUGAUUCUUCUUGAAGAACUGACACACGAAGUAAAAUCCUCCGAAGUUUUCAGAGAUAUGGAGCAAAGCUUAAAAGAUAUAAUGAUUAAUAUCAAUCGAAUCCGAGAAGACAGAAAGUCUAAUAGUGAGCUGAUCCAUCACAAAAAGAAACAAAUAAUCGAAGAGGUUAGUCGAUUGAAAAGCCAGAUAAUCCAGCGUCUUGAUAAGCUGCAAGAGGAUUUGAUUGAAGAUCUUCAUAAAGUUGAAAAUGAAUGUUGCGUAAAGAUCGCAUCAAUCGUUUCGUCUGUCAACGACCAAGAUGAAGAGAUUAUUCAGUGCAACACAGAAAUCGAAAACAUGAAAAAGUAUGCUUCCGAUAUUCAAGCAUUUCUGGGAAUGAGAGAAAUCCAAAAGAAGAUCACCAAAAACGAGAAAUGCAUUGAGUCUAUGGUUGUUAACAAGAAGAUAGAGAGAGUUGACUUAGAAUAUACUAUAGAUGCUUCUAUACAAGAUUUUCUGAUUAAUGUCAUGACAUUUGGUUCAAUUACGAUAAAGAAAAGUCCAACCAAUUGCAAUGAUUUAGUCAGCAAGAAAAACAGACAAGCUCAAAUAUUGGCAACAGAAAAGGAAAAUGUACACAAUAUCAAACUAAUUUUAAAGCGGAAUCUUAAAACUUCAUGCGGAAAUACCAUGGGAGGCUGUGUUACUGAUAAAGGUACAUAUCUCUUUACAAAUUAUGUAAUCAGUGGCGAAAGACUAGUAGCACUGACAGCAGGGGGUAAAUUUAAAUGUAACAUUCCAUGGUCAAAUCAAUGUAGUUCCUUUGAUUUGGUGUGCAUAGACGACAAUACUGUUGCAAUAACUACUGGAGAAUCUGAAGAGAAAACUGGUGUAAUUAUUUUUGAUUUGACUAAGAGAAUUAACAAACAUUUUGUCGCUCUCCCUACUACACCUUUUGGUAUUACCUACGAUGGUAAAUCCUUGAUUUGCUGUUGUGCUACAGAGGAGAUACAUGUGAUAUCAUGUACAGAUUACAGCAUAACUACCAUUACAAACACCGUCUUACCUGUGUUUUCAUAUAUCGCAACGCACGUUGACAGGAUUUUAUACACUAACCCGAUGGAAAAUAAAGUUACUUGUUGUUUGUAUAGUGGUCAACUGGUUUGGGAGUUUAAAAAUGAAAAUGUUUUAAGAACACCACAAGGAAUUACCGUAGACGAAAAAGGAAAUGUUUUUGUCGUUGGGUUGAAAUCCCAAAACAUUCUUGUGAUUGCAAGGGAUGGAAAAAGCUACAAAGAGAUAAAAACCACACAUUACGGUCUCCCUCAACCAAGUACAAUAUUUUUUGACAAAAUUAGGAAGCAGAUGCUAGUCACAAACGAAGACAGUUUUGCACAUCUUUAUGACAUUUCCUUUUCGUAAAUCUUAUUUUAUGAAUGACGUUUCUGAACUAGAAAUGUUUUUCUAGUUCAAUUAUUCAUAUAGAUAUUUUGGGAUUCCUUCAGCUAUUAAGCUUUAUCUAUAUUGAGCUAAAUAUACUCAAAAACACAAAUAACGCACCACUUCUUCUCAUAUAUAGUUGUUUCAUAGUUGUGUGAUCUUGUGUGUUUUUGCCAAAAAGUUGUCAAACUGUAGUUUAUUUUAAGUAUAGCCUUGGUAUUAUUCAACAUAUUUACCGAGAAAUUCUUGUAUUAGUGGCGACAAUCAGAAUUUCAGGCAAUAAAGUAAAACAUCAAAAGUC